AUGCUGGCAGGUUCGGCGGGUGACGUGGGUGCCGAGGGCGGCGGCGGCAGUGGUGGCGGUGGCGUUACAGCUCGGCGCGAUGUCGGUCGGGAGUACUCCUUGCUGAAGCCCCUAGCAACAGCUUACGAACGCCUUUUGCGUGUACGGCGAGAGUUGGAGGACCUCGCAGCGCUUCUGAAAGAUCCGGACUCCCGGGUACGAGCGAUGGCGGAGGAGGAGGGCCGGGAGCUGCAGCAGCAGGCUGCCGGGUUGACUCGGCGGUUGCUGCUGGCUCUGGUGCCUCGUGACCCACGGGACGGUCGAGCUGCACUGCUGGAAAUGCGCGCGGGCGCGGGUGGCCAGGAGGCGGCGCUGUUUUGCGGAGAGCUGCUGGAAAUGUACCGCAAGUUCGCAAUGUCCCGCGGGUGGUCCUGGCAGGUGGUGGAGCUGACGGCGAGUGAGGUACCUGGGGGAGUGAAGCACGUGGUGGCAGCAGUGGCGGACGGUAGAGGAGCAGGGAGGAGAGCAGGGGAAAUUGGCGACGGAGGGGAAGGGUACGACGGCGGCGAGGGCAACGGCGACCAAGAUGGAGACGCCAUCGGCGUGUACGGCACCCUGCUGCCGGAGAGCGGGGUGCACCGGGUGCAGCGUGUGCCGGUGACGGAGGCGCAGGGCCGUGUGCACACCAGCACAGUAGCCGUUGUGGUUCUCCCGCAAGCUGACGAGGUGGAUGUCAAGCUGCGCGAUGAGGACCUCCGAAUAGAGACCAUGCGGGCCAGUGGGGCGGGAGGACAGCACGUCAACGUCACCGACAGCGCUGUACGCAUCACCCACGUGCCGACUGGUCUGGUGGUCAGCUGCCAGAACGAGCGCUCGCAGCAUUUGAACAGGGCGGCGGCGCUCAAGAUACUGCGUGCGCGGCUAUACGACCUGGAGAUGCAGAAGCGCGCGAAAGAGAUGGACGAGCAGCGGUCGGCACUAGUGGCGUCCGCUGAUCGCAGCGAGCGCAUCCGAACGUACAAUUUCCCGCAGGGCCGCGUCACGGACCACCGCACCCAUCUGACCCUCCAUGACCUGGAUUCGGUGCUAGUGGGCGGGGAAGGGUUGCAGAGGUUGAUGGGGGUACUGAGGGCUGCGAGGGAGGAGGAGGCGCUGAGGCGGCUGGGGGAGCAGGAGGAGGCAGCAGCAGCCGGGGCCGCAGCGGAGGGCAGGAAGAGGCGGUAGAAGAUUAGGGGAGUGUUAAGUCGUUAUCAUGCACGACAUUGUUCACCUCACCAGAGCCGGGCAGGAGGAAGAGGGGGGUGAGCAGGAGGAAUAUUCUCCUGGCUUAGCUCGACGCCACCUUCCUGAGCUUCACAGGACUGCCCUCUGGGGCGUCCCGGCUCCUCCCUCAACGGAGCCGCGAUGUUCGGAACGUGAAGGCGAAGAACUCCUUGCCGUCUGGAAGCUCUCCCAGUGUCCAAUCCUUUUGAUCGCGAAUGAGCUCGUUGAUCUCGGUGUGGUCGACAUAAAAUUGCGUGUCGAUCUUGCAGUCAUCAACGGUGCAGCCUUGUACAUACGGAAUGCAGCUGGCCGUGAUGAGUCCUGCCGCGUGCUCCUUCACACCAUCCAUGUCACAGAACCGACCAGUUGCGCGCUCAAGGGCGCGCACCGCGUGUGGAUGUGAAGUGACAAGCCCGCAGGCAAAGUCCUCCUUACUAGUCGCCCACGCCAUUCGGCAUAGCCGGCCAGCGAUCCCGUGGCUUCGGUGUUUCAAGCUCACCACCAGCUGCGUAAUCCAGCUCACGGUCCCAUAAUCACCGUAUUUGAACGUCGUUACGAAGGCGUGGCCAACCAGCUCAUCCCCAAUUUGUGCUAUAACCAAGCUGCAUGUUUCUGGGUUAAACAAGCACUGCUCUCGCAACUUCUUUGACGAUAAGCGGACCCGGGAACCGGGCUGCGGGCCGCCAAUUCCCCAAACACCAUAGUGCUCGGAGAACAGCUUCGCGCAGGCUACAAGUUGCUGCUCUGUUACUCUCUCGCCAGAAAAAACUGCGUAAUCUGGCUUCCUGGGAGGUUCUAUUGCUCGUUUGUCCAUCUGGCUUCUGUUCAUGUGUAAAUUGACUAUGGAGGUAGUGAUGCGGAUAUGCUUGUGCAGUUUAGU